AUGUUAUUGCAAUUAUAAAAUGCAAAAAUACACGUUUCAAGCAUGGACAACAUCACAAUACAUCAAUCUAUUGACAAUUACAUUAAAUUUGAAAAUAUUAAAUAGGGAUAUGAUAGUCUAGUAAAAUUUAAGCCAUAUAGCUGAGCUACGAAACGAAUGAGAUUUUAAAACUAUAAAUUAAUUCUUACGAUCGGAUUAUCAAAUGAACCGUUGGUUUUUGGAAAGGCAUAAUUUCAACCCCGAGUCCAGGAAUUAUCCAGUAGCUGACAUGAAAGUCAUUAGAGGUGGCAAUGUUACCUGUUCGCUCUUCCUUUAUCUUUCCCCACCCCCUCGCCAUCUGUCUCAUUCUCUCGUAUUGUCAUUUGAAAAAGUAGGUUCGCUCGUGUAACUUCCCAGAAUGAGCAUCUAUCCUCGAAUAUGGAGUGUAAAAUCCACGAUAAUGGAAUUUCAUCCCUACCCCGAGUGAAAAUUCGAAUGCAUGUACAAGUCAUCGAGGCGCAGGUGGCUCAUCAUCAGUUUUCAGUUAGACAGCGUACGAGCAUCUCAUCCGUAUAUUCGCAAGUGACGAUAGUGGCUAAAUUAUUAAUCGGCACGAUAAUCCCUAAUUCUUUCGUCGAGCCAUCCUUUACGCGGUCUAUACCGCCGCCGUAUAAGGAUUAGUGUUCCACGAAAGGAGCGCGUGGACGUGAAACGACAUGGCGGACCACAAUGAUAACCAGCAGGAUGACAAUGUCUUGCUUCAUCUCUCGGUUAUCGAGGAGAACCUCGACGUGGCGAAGUUCCUCUUGAAGCACGGAGUGCCAGUGAACGGGCGAGCCGUUAACAAAGAGCUCGCCUUGGAGUUCCUGACGGAUAGCGAGCACCGAUCCUACCUCGAGUCCAUUCGCGUCUCUCAGAAGUCGGAGCUGUUGCCGGACGACGAGCUCGAUGCCAAAACAACGACGGCUCUUCACUUGGCCUCCCGCAUAGAAAUCAAGGACAUCGCGGAAUUGCUGUUGCAGAUGGGCGCCGAGGUGAAUUCGGAGAUGCAAGGCGGCGAGACACCUUUAAUAAUCGCGGUGUUGUCAAAGCGCAUGGCUCUGGUGCAGCUGCUGCUGGAUCGUGGGGCCGACGUGAAUGCGAAGACCCUCUGGGGUAAGUCGGCGUUACAUUAUGCCGCGCAGACCGGGCAGAAACCGAUGCUCGAGAUGUUGUUAAGGAGGGGUGGACACGUGAAUGCGUCCGACCGGGACGGGCUGACGCCUCUGCAUAUAGCCGCCGAGGCGGGACACAAGGAGCUCGUGUUCGUGCUGCUUAAGGGCGGAGCUGAUUACGAGGUGAAAAGUAAAAGCGGCGCCACUGCACUUCAUUACGCCGCCGUGAUGGGACAUCAGGAGAUCCUCGAGACGAUUCUCGAUAACGGAGCCAGCAUCAACUCUAUCAUCAAGCACGGUAUGCUCGACCUCGCUCCUUUCACCUGGAUUACCGACGCCGAGGAGAAGAAGACGUGGGAGCUCGUCUCGCGUUACAUCUCCAAAGUCAGUCUUGUUGGUUGGUGGUAUAAUUCUACGAUGAUGAGGCUCUAUGGAAAGCACAAGACGAGAAAGAGUAUUUUUCAUGCUGACAUGGACAGUCAUUGAGAAUGCGGGAGAACUAAACGCCCACGAUUAUCCGAAUAUUGUCUUCCUCCUAGUCAUACUUUUUGUAUGAUACGUGAAUUUGUUUGAACG